UGUGAGAGCUCACCUGUGCUCGUGCGAGCGCUUUAGCUAUAUUAAACGCCUAGAUUAUUCGAAAUUAGCGGUGCCCAAGAUGUCAAUGGCAGAGCCGGUGUUCGGCGACCGUAUCGCUCCCCUGCAAAAAUCUCGCUUCCGACGAGCGCUGACUUCUCACGCCCAGACACCCGUAUUUCUUCCCACCGUCACACGGGGCCCAGACAGCAACUCUAACUUACACCGAAGAUUUUCUUCAGUGGAGUUGAAAUUCCCCCCAAACGCGACGCUUGCUCGCUACGGAGCGCCGCGUAUGGCUCUGCCAGUUGAAGAGCCUUUCCCUUUGGAGCUCACCGAAGAGUUGCUACUGCACAUCUCGGGCAACCGCGUCAAGAGAGACAAGUCGUCCAUGGCUUUCUGGCAACCACGGGACAAAAGCUGUACCAUCCUGGGUGUUAAAUACAACCUGGGGGAGGUUGUGGGUACAACAACACGAACAGAACGUCCUCUACCAGGUCUCCAACCUGCCGCCUCCCCAUCCUCUCUACAACAUCAGAAACCAAGUCAUGCCUGGCAACGCCUUAUAGAGGAGCCAAGUCAUGCCUGGCAACGCCUUAUAGAGGAGCCAAGUCAUGCCUGGCAACGCCUUAUAGAGGAGCCAAGUCAUGCCUGGCAACGCCUUAUAGAGGAGCCAAGUCAUGCCUGGCAACGCCUUAUAGACGGACUUAAAGUCAUGCCAAGGCACUAAGAAUGUCUCUUGACAAAAAUAUAUUCGUUUGGCCCGAGUCUUAGUCCCGGUUUUAUAGAUUCAUGCAGCCAGCAUUGCAUUAUAUGAUACAAGAGUCGUGUUGGGUAAUGGCCUGCGGUCUGUCACCCACAUUUUAUGAGCUGUAUAAAGUGCAUAAUAGUCAUUUUUAUGAUAAGCAUAUGUUUGUUCUGUUUUAUUAACGAUAUGUCUCAAUGAAUAUGCAUUAAAACAGAAUUUCAUUAACAAUUUCUUCUUGUGUUAACCGCUGAAAAUUUAUGUAAGCUCUGAUUGUUAUAUUUUUUUCGCUUGUUAUCAUGGAAAAUUCCAGGGGUAAUUUAGCUUUCCGAGCAAUAUUCUGCCUUAAUUGUUCUUCAUGUUUACUUUUUAACAAACAAGUUGUGCUUUUUGUCAACCGGCCGGUUAUAAAAAAGUAUUAAAAAGCUGGCUCUCUUGAAAUUGCAUUCGAUUGUUGAUUCAUUUACUGUAAAAAUCGUGAAAAUAUCGUUUCGAUAAUGAGUUAAUUUAUAGACGUUUCCCAAUUAAAUUUUACCUCACUAUAGAAAAUAGUUUUUGCCCAUAAUAUUAUUUUACAUAACUCUCUUUUUUGGACUAUUAUUUGCAAUUAAUUUUGGUUCGAUUUGAUUAGCGUAAAUCGAGUUGUUAUAACGUUUAAGCUGACGUAAACCCUUAUAAGGCAGAACCUGUGAUACUUCUAGCAAUUUUUUUCCUAAUUAAAAGUUUACUCAAUUUAAAAACUUCGAUGUCUGUUUUCUAGUUUUGAGAUACUCGCUUGUAGCCUCAUUCUCGUGGACAAAUGAUUAACCUACUUGCCUUUGAGCUUUCAGCAACGGUGAUGGUUACUUUUCAUUUAAACGCGGCUCACUUCUAGCAGAUUUUUGUAUGGUGAAAAAAUUUGCCGAGGCGUGAGUAGAUCAAAGAGUUCCUGAUUGAAAAGGCUAAUGUGCUCUAGGCAAUUUCCUACACGAGUAUUUCCUAUGAGUAAGUACUAGGAAAAUUGAGUGGAAAAUUAUGAGUAUUUCCGUUUUCCAAUAUGAGUAUUUUAAUUUCAGCUAACUGUCUUCAAUGCCAUUAUCGUGCUCUUAAAAUUUAUUGUACUGGAAUGCAUUUUUGUAAACUUUCUAAGAACCGUAAAGUCUAGAUCUUAUACAUCUACGCUGGUGAAAACAUUAUUUUGUUAAAUUUGGUAUUGCUGUGACGAUUUGUUAUGGUAAAUACAAGUAAGUUACACGGAGUUUCUGCUCACAGUACAUUUAGGUCAAUAUGGUACAUUUCAGUUAAUUUAUUACUUGUGCUGAAUUUAGAAUUACCAUCGCGUAUUAUAGCAGCUGAAAUAAGUUGAAAUUAAUUGCAAGAAAUUCCUGUUAAAAGCUGCGAAUAUUUUCACUACUCUUGGUGUUUUUGCGACGAACUUUACUCAGGUUCU